AUGGCGACCAGGGAUGGUCAGCCGUCUUUGGCAUAUCGCACAGUCCUCUGCAGAUAUUUCCAGAGUGGUUAUUGUCCUGCUGGAGAGAAGUGCACAUUUAUUCAUUCAUCUGAAGAUUCAUUAACACCUGCUACACAACAAUGCAAAAAUUUUCUUAUGCAGCAGCAGCGAGCGCAGCAGCAGCAGCAGCAGCAUAUGCAGCAGCAGCACAUGCAGCAGCAGCAUCUAACCUAUGGUAGCCGCCCUAGCUCAGCAACAGGGGUUAACAUCGAAUAUAAGAUGGGGCAUGCGGUGGCUGCAGCGCACAGUCCUCAUCAUCGUCAGCAGCAGCUGCAGCAGCAGCAACUGCAGCAGCAGCAACUGCAGCAGCAGCAGCAUGCAAGUUAUGGUCUAGUAAAUCCUUAUGGAGACAUAGAUGGGAUAAAUGUAGGAAAGGAGAUCAAUGUCCUUAUAUACAUGGUAGUGAUGAUCCCCUUCAUGUUGGAGGUCCAGCAGCACGGCUGCAGGCAGCAGCAUUUGCUUCGAUGGCUGCAGCACAGAAUCAAGGAGCAGCAGGAUACUAUAACAGCAGCACAUUGA